AUGGAACACUUAAUCAAGUCCAAAUACGAACAAGUUGGUCAAACCUACCGCUUAAGGGAUAUAAUUGAGGACGUCCGACGAGAUUAUGGAGUGAACAUAAGUUACGGACAAGCUUAUCGCGCUAAAGAGUAUGGAUUAGUGUAUGCACGAGGGUCGCCAGAAGGAUCACAUGCUAUUGUUAGAGCAUACGGCGAGACACUUAAGUUUACAAACCCAGGUACCAUAUUUGAGGGGUUUCUAAACUGCAUCCGCCCAGUAAUUGUUGUUGAUGGAACCCAUUUGCAUGAGAAAUACAAAGGUAUAUUGUUAAUAGCAACGUGUAUCGAUGGAAAUAACAACAUAUAUCAUACCGCCUUCAGUAUUGUAGAUGGUGAGAACGAUGCAUCAUGGACUUGGUUCAUGACUCAUUUGAAGGUUUUGAUAGGAGACGUUCCCAAUUUAGUGAUUAUAUCAGAUCGUCACAUCUUAAUUGCAAAGGCUGUUGUAAGUAUAUUCCCUGAUGCAUUUCAUGGCCUAUGUAUAUACCAUAUUUGGAACAAUUUGGUUGACAAAUUCAAUAAUAAGGACAUAAACCCACACUUCUACCUAGCGGCGAAAGCUUAUAGAAUGUUUGACUUUCAGAUGUAUUGGCCUAAGCUCCAUCAAUAUCUUGGUGUGACGGCCUAUCUUGAGGAGAUUGGAUUACAACGGUGGGCAAGGAUUUAUCAAAUCCAUUGUAAGUAUGACAAGAUGACGACAGAUAUAGUAGAAUACCUCAAUAGAGUGUUGAAAAAUGCCCGAGAACUACCAAUCACAAAGCUAUUAGAGCAUAUCUGCGAGUGGUUACAAGGUUAUAUUGAAAUUAGAUUGCUUAAUGGCAAUAAGUCUCUGUUUGGUUACGUGAAUCCCACUUCCUGGUUGAGGAAAUUCGGUUGCUUUCUUCUGAAUUCCGUGAGUGCUCCUUUGUUCAUAGCAGAAGAAACUUCAAUUCAGUUGCACAUGAAGCUGCAACAAGAGCCAGGAGGUUAA